GUGCUAGUUCCUGCCUACUAUUUCCUCCUCUCAGGCACACAAACUUUGGUUUGAAUAUCAAACUGUCAACUCACGGCAGCUUGUAUAAAUCAGAAAUAGUCUAGGGCCACAUCACUGGCCAACCAGCAACACAGUUCCUCUAACAUGGUUAACAACAUCAUGUCAAAGCCUCUCGGGUUAGUUUUGAUCCUCACAGCUCACAUGGUGUUCAGCGGGCCAAGUCCAGCGAAUGUCACGGGGAACCUCGGCGACAACAUCACCCUUGAAUUCCUAUUUAACGUCAGUGUGACACAAUCUAUUACAGUUCAUAAAAAAACAGAAACAACACACGUUGAACAAAAGAUUGCUGGAUAUUCAAAUGGCAAAAGUGAAGGCAAUCUUACAGUCUUCCCUAAAAAUAUGUCUGUGUGUUUGGAAAUUACAAAUCUCAAUCAAAAGCACGAAGGAUUAUACAAGGCCAGUUUGUUUGGGCCGUCAUACAUUACCAAGGACAGUAAAUGGAUACAGCUGAUCGUCAAAGAGAACUACAGAAGCAGCAGUGUUUCUCCAAAAACAACUACAAACCCAUCAAAUGAACUAAGUGGAAGUACCUGGUUGGCCUCUGAAUUCGUCACUGUCUUUGUGGUUUCAUCUGUUGUGCUGUUGGCUGCAGUUCUCCCCUUGUUGAUCUGGUUUCUCUUGACAAACAAAGCGUUUGCUUCCUCUACAGACAAACAACCAGAAACACCACAACAAAGCUCUAAUCCCACAGCACAGGAAACAGUUGGAGAGUCAAGCGGUGUGCCUGCACCUCCUCUUGUCUACAGCGUCCUGGACUUUCCCAAACGAACUUCAGCAGUUAUUGAGAUGAAUUCAAGUGAAACAGAGUACGCUGCCAUCAGUUAUCUCCCAGAUAAGAGACAAGGGUGACCUGCAGAUGUAUGUAAGCCUGGUGGUCUCUCUUGGUUUUGGAAUUGGUAUAUAAGAUGAUAUAUGUAUGAACGUAAAAUAUAUUUCUGUCUGAUGAAUGUAUUUUAACAGCACAAUGAUGAAUCCUCACAGGGUGUGUGUUUGCUCCUUGUCAUAAUUUACAAGCAAAACAGGUUAGGAGGGGAAGAGUCUCUUGGGUCGUGAGUAUUGAGGUGUCCCUUUUGUGUUUGGUGGUCAUAAGAUUAAAAUGUUCAUAGAUGUUGCAACAAAACACAACAAAGAACACAUAAUGUUACAGUGAUAAAACUCUUGGUUAUUUUGGCCUUUUGUUUCCCACUGUCUUCUGUCAACGAAACUCUCAAAGGGAAAGCCUUUGGGAAAGUCACAAUAGAAGACAUUUUUUAGAUCCUAUUGUUACAUAUUUCCAGUUUAUUCAAUGUCUGAUAUUUAUUUUCUCUCUUUGGCAUAGACCUACAACAAACAAAUAAGUAAACCUCACUGUUGCAGGGUUACAGUUUUUGUGAUGAACAUGGGAGCCAUGGUUUAUUUUUAAUUCCCUCAAAAAUGUUCCUGCUCUUUCAAAUACUCACUCACUGGAGCACCAAAUGUAUAUUAUUUUGCCUUAACUAAGUACUUUUAACAUAUAUUUUAAAACAUGAAACAAUAUAUGUUGGAUUUGUGUUCAAUCAAAUGGGCUUGUGGCUUAGUGCCACAAAUAGAGGGAAAGCAGAAAUUGUUAAGAGAAGGACACAAAAAAAUAUAAAUAUAGAAUAAGUCAAGUCUUACCCCUUUAACCACCAUAAAAAUGUGGCUAACAUUGUCUCCAGAUUUGUGAAAGGCCGACAAGAAAAUAUAAUAUUUGUUAUUUGCUUUUUUUUUUGAUCACUGACAUUUUGAAAUAUAAAAUGACAUUUUCUAUGUACUGUAUAGUGUGAGAGUUUGGCACAGUUCAGCACACGCACCACUAUCAGACACUAUCACACUGCUACUUUCCACUGCAGGCUCUCAAAGGUUCUCUUUUGGCAGGUACUUGUUGAUUUUUUAAAUAGUUUUAUUGGACAAAGUUUUGAUUUAUGUUUUCAGAGCCACAUUGUUCACUCCAGGUUGAUUAUUCCUCACAGAUGUUGAUUGUUACUUAGGAAGGAAGAUAAGCAGCAAUAUUGGUAAAGGAUGAUGUGUGUUAUUUAAACAGGUGGCAAAAUGGUAAACAAACACAGAUGGAUAUCAUUCUCGAUCUAAAAACCUGGUAAAAUAGCAAAAAUGCAUUUUGAAUUUACAAUGUUCAGUUUCUUGUCGUGUCAGGUGUUAUCAUGUAUUUUUUCUGUGCAAAUAACGUUCUUCUAUAUUUAUGUUGGUGGAGUCCAGAAUAAAAGGAUUGCCUCCAGUGUCUUUGCCUGCAUGUGUGCAUGUGUGUGGUGUGUUGCUACCUAACCUGUAUCUGGUUGCUUCACACAUUUUUUUGCAUGCUCUCCGAGGUUCUCUUUUGGCAGGUGCUUGUUGAUUUUUUUAUACUUUUAUUGGACAAAGUUUUGAUUUCUGUUCUCAGAGCCACAUUGUUCACUCUUGGCUGAUAAGCAGGUUGAUUAUUCCUCACAGAUGUUGAUUGUUACUAAGGAAAGAAGAUAAGCAGCAAUAUUGGUAAAGGAUGAUGUGUGUUUUUUAAAUAGGUGGCAAAAUGGUAAACAAACACAGAUGGAUAUCAUUCCCAAUGCAUUUUGAAUUUACAAUGUUCAGUUUCUUGUCGUGUCAGGUGUUAUCAUGUAUUUUUUCUGUGCAAAUAAUGUUCUUCUAUAUUUAUGUUGGUGGAGUCCAGAAUAAAAUGAUUCCCUCCAGUG